UUUCCAUUCUCCUCCCCUCGCCACGGUUCACCCAACCCCCUAGCAGCCGGCCGCACUGCAGAAGGUCAGAAGAGGAGAAGAAGAAGAGGAAAGAGGCAAGGCAGGGGUGGGGUGUGUGUGUGUGUGUGUGUGUGGAUGUACGAGAAUAUGCCGAGGGGAGAGCGAUGACAACCAUGCUGAGCCCAAAGAUCAGACAGACCAGGAGAGCCAGGUCGAAGAGCAUGGUGAUGGGAGAGGUGUCGCGAGGCUCGUGCAGGCCAGGCUCCCCCAGCCUCCAGGAGGGGGCGCUGAAGGCCGGAUGGCUGAAGAAGCAACGCAGCAUCAUGAAGAACUGGCAGCUACGCUGGUUUGUGCUGCGCUCAGAUCAGCUCUACUUCUACAAAGAUGAAGAAGAAACCAAACCACAGGUAAUGUUUCAGACAUGUCAGGGGCUUAGGACAAUAAACUCACAACCAGUAUACACUUAGUAUAUUACACAAACA